CUUAAGUCGGCUCGAUAAAGAUAACGUUACCAGCUGAUAGGUGUAAACAAACCGCAUAUACAACAAUUUCCUUUAUAAAUUUCUAGGGACGAAAUGCACCUAAACGAAAAGACGAAAAUACUGGGUCGCAGGGUCAUCCUGGUUCCCUACGAGGCCCGCCACGUGCUGAAAUACCACGAGUGGAUGAGCAACGAGGAACUCCGGCAGUUGACCGCCUCCGAGGAACUCACUUUGGACGAGGAGUACGCGAUGCAGAGGAGCUGGCGGGAGGACGACGAUAAGCUGACCUUCAUCAUCCUGGAUGCGGAGCUCUACUCCCGUGAUCAGGACGAAAUAGCCGCCAUGGUGGGAGACACCAACAUUUUCCUCCACCGAGAUCCGGAUAGCGAUCACCAGGUGGCCGAGGCGGAGAUCAUGAUUGCGGAAACCAAUGCGAGGGGCAAGGGAUUUGGCCGCGAAGCCAUGCUCCUCAUGCUCAAGUACGCCCAGUCCAUGUCACAGCUGAAAUUGGAUAAAUUCGAGGUCAAGAUCGACAUGGAUAACGAUACUUCCCUGCAUUUAUUCAAGAGUUUUAAGUUUGUGGAGACUGCUCGAGUGGAGGUCUUUCACGAGGUCACCCUGGAGCGCUCCAUCACUCCAGAUUGGAUCAGCUGGCUGGACCAACAGGUGGAGCUACGAAUCGAAAGCUAUUAGGGGUACAAUUCCGAGAUUUGUUAAACUCUGAGAUUGACAAUAAAUUAUUUUUACAUUUUACUAUUAAUAAUGGUCUGAAAUCGGCGAACUUUUAUUGAAUCCUUGUGGUUCAACGAUUAAAAAAUUAAAAACAAAUUAUUAACAGGUUAUUUAAGCCAAGAAAUUCAA